AAAAUCUGUUAUGAAUAAUACAAAGUUAAGUAACUAUCUGGUAGAUGGAACAGGUAGGGACACUUAUGUGAGCAAUUUCAAUGGUGGAUUUUGGAAAUCAAAUUAAAUAUAAGCUGUCCGUCCAGAAAGUGGUUCUUACCCAAAUCGUAGAUAUCAAGCAUCACCUGCUCCUUGUAUAGAUUCAAAGAUUAACAGAUAUAGAAAUGAUGGAAGUGGAAGAGACGGAUAUAUUAGGUAUGCGAUCGACUAUUUGAAGCUAUGAUGAGGGAGGAUUUUCAGUUUAAUUAGGAAGGAAAAAGAAUUUCAUUUCGAAUUUAAGAGGUUAUGAUACUAAAAUAAGAUGUAAUACCCGUGACAGUUCUCCUAUGUUAUAAUCAUUUUCAAGGACAUAAUCAAUUACAAAAAGACUUUAUUACUCAAAAUAAGUAGAGGAUCCAUAUUAGUCGAUUAGAAAAUUAACUAGUUUACACUAUAAAAAAUGACUAUUUAUACAAUUCUGAGCAAUAAUUAAAUAAAGAUGUUUCUAUCAAUGAAAAUAAUCAAAUUCAGUUCUUGAAGUAUCUGCUCCAAUUAUCCAAUACGAGAAUGGCUAUAAAGGGCCAAAAGUUUAGAGGAAGAAAUAGAAGAAUAAUAAAAGGGUGUGUUUAGGCUGAAUGAGCUGAUUAUUUUAAAUUAGUGAUUAGAACGAUACCUAAGAAAUGGUAAAUAGAAAGAAUUCGAAAGAGUAUAAAUAAAAUUUUUAGAAACUUUGCAAGCUUAGAUAAAAAUU